AUGGCACAGAACCACAGAACUACUGCGGUUGCGCUACCUAUGACCAUCGCCGGCGGCGUGCCCGUGCCUCAGGACGGUGGCCGCGCCGUCAAUCAUUCCGAUAGGCCCCAGGAGUUACAGGAAAUCAAGCUUGUUGUACAAGAUGUCAACGGCACCAUAGAGAUCCUUCUGAAAGGGCAUGUGACGAUUGUGCACAGCCGCGACCCUCAAAACUCCGGCGGCGACGAAGCCGCAGCAGGACAAGGCGGGGAUAGUAAUACUACGGCCACGACCGGGCACGCCGCGGCCACCGCCAACGUCGAUUCUGAGUCUGAGGUCAACGACCUGGACCGAAUCGAUAUCCGCGUCGAUGUUGGGGACCUAGAGAGCAUCCGCGGAUGGCUGAUGGCAGCGGCCACGCUCUUCGCCAGCAUCGCGUAUCAGGCGGCGACCGAGCCGCCGGCCUGGAUGCCCAGCGCCAAGGACGCGAUCGACGUGUUGGCCGACUACGCACCUACUUCUUCUCCCGUCACCAUGGGGCUAGCUCUGAGGACGUUUGCACACAUGUUCUUCAACAUGGGCUCUCUAGCGAUUUCGCUGACACUGGUGGCGUUGCUGCCCACGAUGAACAAGGCGACGCCUAUGCGAAUAUGGAAGGUUGUGAUCCAAAUGGUCACGGUGCUCACUUUAACCGUCGCUUGUUCCUUCUGCAACGGCAUCUCCGAGGAUAUGGGCGUGAGUUUUGUGGUUACGACCAUCAUAGCGGUCUACGCCAUAACCACCGCCUUGUAUAUGCGCGGAAUGCUGUCCCCGGGACAUGAUCCCGUUGAGACUAGAAUCCGCAACCUCAACCUGCUGGGCUGGCGUCGCAGGGCACCAUCACAUAAUCAGCCACCUGCUGCCACUCAUCAUUCCAGGCUGCCUGCUUACCAACACGUCUUGAAUUGUAACUUACUACUGUGUCUCAAAAGUCAAAACAGCACGCGAUCAUAUACGAGGGGAUUUCGCUCGUUGCCUUAG